CCCUCUCCCUUCACCAAUUCACCACCUUCUUCUCCGUCCUCCUAGCUUUCUUCUCCGUCCUUCUCCUAGCAAGCACCGAAGAGUCCAUCUCUCUCUCUUCUCUCUCUCGAUCAUUAGAUGGCCGAAUCGAAGCAAGGCCACCUGAACGGGGCCUACUACGGCCCCCCGGUCCCUCCCCAACGCAGCUACCAAAGCGUCGGCCGAAGCUCGAGCUGCGGCCCGUGCUCCCUCCUCUGCAGUCUAUUCAAAUUUCUCAUCUCUAUAGUCAUCAUUUUCGGCAUCAUCGUCCUCGUCCUCUGGCUCAUCUUCCGCCCCGACCAGCUGAAAGUCUACGUCGACUCCGCCUCCCUCACCCAAUUCAACCUCAGCAGCAGCAACAACCUCCAAUACAACCUCAACCUCAGCAUGAGCAUCCGCAACCCUAACAAGAGGAUCGGCAUCUACUACGACUACGUCGAGCCCCGAGCCUACUAUGAUGGGGACCGGUUCGCCUUCACCACCGUUCCUCCAUUUUACCAGGGCCACAAGAACACCUCCAUGAUCUACCCAGUGUUUGACGGCCAGCAGGUUUUGCUCGGGGACUCGGUCAACACAACUUACAACAGGGAGAAGAGUGAGGGGUAUUACUACGUGGAUAUCAAGGUCUACUCUAGGCUGAGGGCCAAGGUGGCGAUCUUUAAGAUCCGUUAUACAAAGACGAAGAUAGAUUGCAGCCUGAAGCUUCCUGUGCCCGGGAGCUCGUCGGCCGCGUUCGAGAGGACCAAGUGUGAUUGGGACCUCUUCUGAUCAUGAUGUGCUAUCUAGUUUCCAUGAGAGGGAUUAUUCAUUGAUUUAUUGUUAUUUUUGAUAUAUUUUUCCCCUUGGGAGAGUAUCAUAGACAUACAUAUGACUUGAUAUGUUGUUGCUUUCAUAUUUAUUUUCUGUAUGACUAUAUAUAUAUAUAUUAGAAUGGUAUACUUUCUUGUGAAUAAA